AUGUCUGACAAAAGGCCGCUGCUGGACACGAGUGACAGCCAAGCUGAAGACGAUGGCUGCAACAGCAACAGCAGGGAAUUCUCAAAGACAACUGGGAUAACAUACAAAUCAACAGCUGCAGCUCCCACAGUCUUCUGGUAUGGCCGACAAAUAUUGCUGCGUCGAAAGUUAUUCGUUGGAGUGCUGGUGGUGUUUAUAUUCUCAUAUUUCGUUAUCGGACCAGCUGAUGUGCUUGAUCUGGAUAGUGUGAGCGGCAUUGUUCAAGUGCAUCAUCAGUCCAACGUAUUGGAUAUGGAAGAUGCACCGAAGUCAGUUGCAAUCGUUGCGGAAGUUAAUCAGACAAUACUUUUGCCACAAGGUUAUCUCGUGUACAGCAAUCAGUGCCGAAUUGUCGACUUGGAUCCCUACAAACGCGAGGUGAUGCGCCACUUCAAACGCGUCUCCUACAAGCCCUGCAAGCAGCGGCUGCCAUUGACCCAAGUGCGCUACGAUGAGACCACUCGACGCUACGUGCUGAGCAUCAAUUCGACGGCAUUCGAAGAGUAUCCGGUGAAGCAUACGCUCAGCUGUUGUUACAUGGGUGUGGAACGAGUGAGCGAAACGAAUGUCAGUACAACGCAUUGUCAGCACUUCAAGAGCAAAGCGCAAAUUGCGAACACCACGGACAGUGUGAUUGUCAAGUGCUCCACGGAACGGGGACAGAUCUAUAUCAAUGGACAUGCCACGAUACCAGAGCGAACGGAAAUACGACAACGUCUCAAGCAAUGGCGGAAACAGGAUCAAGGACGACGAGUGCCCAGUGUGCUAAUGAUUGGCAUCGAUAGCAUCUCGAGGGUGAAUCUGAUUCGGGCGAUGCCCAAGACAGCGCAAUACUUGUACGACAACGAUUGGUUCGAGCUGGCGGGCUACAAUAAGAUUGAUGACAAUACAUUUCCCAACAUUAUGGCGCUGAUGACCGGCUACAAUCUGAGCAAUGCGAUGAAACACUGCAAUCCCUAUGUCUCGGGUGGCCUGGACAAAUGCGACUUUGUGUGGAAGCGCUACAAGCAGCAUGGCUACGUGACUGCCUAUGGCGAGGAUGCUGUGAAAAUCAACACCUUCAACUACCUGAAAAAGGGCUUCAAGCAGCCGCCCGUCGAUUACUAUUUGCGACCAUAUCUCGCAGCUGCGGAGAAGAUGCUGGAUGUGAAUAUGGUGCUGGGACUGCCUCAUUGUCUGGGCUUUGAGACGGAGUCGGAGCAUGUGUACAACUAUGCACUGGAGUUUGCGAGACGCUAUCGCAACGAGAGUUUCUUUGGUUUCUUCUGGACGAAUACGCAUAGCCAUGGCGACAUUUCGCAGACCAGCUCGAUGGAUGACUAUCUGCGGGAUUAUCUGCUGAGACUGGUGGCGCAGGGCACCAUGAAGCACAGCAUUGUGGUGUUCUUCAGCGAUCACGGACUGCGCUUUGGUCCCACACGUUCCACCUGGUCGGGACACCUCGAGGAGCGACUGCCCUUUCUCUUCAUCUGGCUGCCGCCAUUUAUGCGCUCACAGCAUCCCGAAUUUGUGGAGGCGUUGCGUCUGAAUCGCAAUCGUCUGACGACGCCAUACGAUCUGCAUUUGACACUGAAGCACAUCCUCACACUAACGGGACGCACCAAUAGCCUGGAGACGGGAUUGGAUACGGCCAAGGAUUGUCCGCAAUGUCAGAGUUUGCUGUUGCCCGUGCCUUUGAAUCGCAGCUGCGAGGAUGUGGCCAUAGCGGAUCAUUGGUGCACCUGUUGGUCCUACGAUGCCGUCUACAAGAACUCCAAGACCAUACGGCAUCUGGGCGAGCGAGUGGUGCAUUAUCUCAACGACUUCGUGACCAACUUUCGCAAUGGCAGCCUAGCGCAUCUUUGUCAACCGCUGGCGUUACAAACCAUCACUUCGGCGUAUAAAGCGCGUAUCGUGGACACCGCCGAUCUGAGUGGUAAUCAGGUGUAUUGGCUGACCUUUUCGACCUCACCCAAUCAGGCAUUGUAUGAGGCAACGGUGCGGUACAACAAACGGCUGCCCAGCGAGGAGAAUGUGAUGGUCACUGGAUCCGUGAGUCGCCUCAAUUCGUACAGCGGCGAGGCGGAUUGCAUGAAUGAUUUUGCGAUCAAAAAAUACUGUUAUUGCCGCCAUAAAAGUGGCUAGAUUCGAUUCAUAUAGGCUGAUGGCCAACAAACCCCCCCAAGUGCCGUUAUACUUGUAGUCAUUAUUUUGUAGAGGUAACGAUAAGUAGCAGUUACAACAACUUGUUAGACUUUAGCAACAAAUUAUUUGGUGCCGUGUGGGCGUUAACAACACCAGACUCGGAAACAUUUCCAGAGCAGCAAACGUGAUAAUAUUUACUUAAUAUAUACUUAACCUACCUACUCUUAAUAUUAAUAUACUAUAACUUGUAUAUACUACUAAAUUAUACUCAUAUAUAUAUGUAUAUCGAAAGUACUUUUUGCUCACUCCUUAGACAGACUUGAAAUUAUUCCAAUUCCAAUUUAUAAUAUCCUUACAUUUACUUAUCUCAUAUAUCCCAACAAACUUACAACAAAGAUUGCCAACAUUUCAAUUACAAUUAUUAUUAUGAUGAAUUACGCUUAAGUUUGCGGUAUCAAAUACUAAAUAACUUGUACCACUUAAUGCAAAAUGUAUUUGUUUGCAACAACAAAAUGAGUUUGUUCAUAGAAAAAUCUCAUUAGUAAAUAAACUACAUAUAUCGAAAUUA